AUAACUCACUUUGUAUCAUAGAAACAAGUCAAUAAUACAAGAAGAUUUGAAAAAAGAGCAUUCAGUACUAAUGAUUUCGCAAAUGUCUUGAAGAGACCUGAAGAAGAAAUGCUCAAAGAUUACAAAUAUGGACGUUUGAAGCUUAGACAAAUGUACUGACUCGCUCAUUAUCAAGAGAAAUUCAAGGAAGAAGUAGAAGAACUUGCUUCUGAAGAUCCAGAAGCUCUCAGCAAGCUUGGCCUGACUAAGUUAUCAGCAAUCAGAAAAUUAGCUCUUGAUGAAUGAAAGGAACAGACUAAGAUAGUUGGAGAUUUGCAUAGAUAUAGAAAGGCUGAAGUCACUCAUGGAAAAUACCUUGCUAAACAAAUCAGAGCCUUGCAUAAUGGAGGGAUGCACUUCAAUCCAUACCUCUAAAU